AUGCACCCCGUCCCCGAAUCGGCGAAUCCAACUCCCGAAGCUGCUCUUGCCAUGGAUUCCCCAAGCAUCAAGAGCAAAAUUGAAGAUAGAAUUGAUCCCACUGCAGGAGAAGAUUCCGUUGUUGCCAGCAAAGAUGAAGACAGAAUUAGUGCGCUACCCAGUGAAAUUCUUCUCCACAUCCUAGAACGCCUUGAUGUCCGCACGGCGAUUUGGGCCGGCACUGUCGCAACACGGUGGAGGCACCUUCCUCAUCAACUAUCUCAUCUGCUCAUCAGUACCUCGGACGUCUGUAAGCCCGGUUACACGACAGAUGAGAUAAUGAAGGCAUACACGGACGCGACGAGGAGGUUGCUGUCUCCUCCGGCUUGCAAGUGCACUCGAACCAUCAAAACAUUGAUGCUCAGGUGCUACAUUAUGGACCCUUACUUGUCCAUAAUUGGCCAUACGGUUCAGGAUGUCGUGAAGAACCGCGAACCUGAAUACCUCGAGUUCGCAAUGUGCCCAGAUGUUGCUUCUCCAAGUGAUGCCCAAUUAGCCUUGUAUGGACAGCGGUUUAUGUCAUUCUUUGGUGCAUACCCUGGCGCCUUCGAAUCGCUCACUAGACUAAUCCUUGAGAACCUCACGUUUCAAGCCUCAGAUGUCGCCAAUCUUGUUAACACUUGCAGUAAACUUAAGAUUCUUUGCUUGAGAUUCUACGUAAUGCCCCAGGAAUCUGUCCUUGAAUUAGACGCCCCAAGCUCGGACCUCAGAUCAAUUGAACUUAGAUUCUUUAGAUGCUUACACGUUGAGCUAACCUGUCUUCCUAAACUGAGGUAUUGGCAGAAGCCAUUCGCACUGAGCCAAUGUUUAUCUAGUGACACAAACCUGGGGAAUCUGGUUUUUAAUUUUUACAAUCAACGGAUCUGGGUUGAGCCUGAAGGUCCACAACGGCUGACUCCUAUAUUCAGCAAACUGACACAUGCGCACCUUGGCGAUACCUCCAAGAACUCUGAUUCCAGAAAGGUUCUAAAGUUUUUAUUAUAUCGUCAUUCAUGUGAAUUCAAUAAGUCCGAGGACGAUGCUGAGAAGACCAACUUGGUGUGGCAAGCAUCCAAUUUCAAGCACUUGAAAUUGAAAUUGUUUAUGAUGAAAGGGUUCGAGGAGGAAUACAAGGUGAUGAAUUAUAUACGCCUCAUCAUGGAACGAGCCGUGUGCUUGAAGAGAAUUGAGUUGCCUGCUAAAAUCCAAUGCAAUAAGUGCACUACCAUAUCUCCAAGAUUUCCGGUGGAUGAAGCCAGCAAGCACCGCAUCAGGGAGCAACUCAGACAUGGAUUGUCCUCAUCCGCAGACAUAAUAAUUGGAUGA